GGGACGGUGGCACAAGAGUGACAGCGCGAUUCUCUAACCACGCCUGCGUUACUAGUUGAACCAAAGACAGAUAAAAGGGGUGGUACGCCCCUUUGCUCACGUUAGUCAUUUCCAGGGGAGGAACGAGCGCGGCUGCCUUUAUAGACGAAAAGAAAGUGAAAACCGUUACUCUGUCCCGAAAUUAUUACCCGCGAACAAUAACACUUAUUCGACUGGAUCUGAAUCAUGAAGGCGGUGUACGACCUCACACGAGUAAUCUGGAAGAAAAACAAGGCACUUUCUCGAAACGUAAUAAGCAGAAUCGCUGGUGAAUUUAUUGGUGCUCUGUAUCGCUGAAAAUGGAAACUGUUGUGGAUCCUGGGAAGGAGAGAGCGGACGGGGCCGCCGUGCAGCGUUCGGGGGACGCGGCGAUGUUGAUCCUGCCCUGGACGAAACAGAUACUUUCUGUUGUUUGGGAUCAUUUGCGGCUUCUCGUUCAUGUUAUUUACUACAGCUUCCUGGCAGUCUUCCAGAUGUUCAGACUGGAGGUACACUUGAGGAUCACGGAUGAGACGGGCCAUCACGUCCAGCACAUGAGCACGUCUGACCGUCCGGCUGAAUCCUUCAUCCUCUCUUCUUUGUUUGAUGGGACAAACAUGCUGUCCAAGUGUGGCGUGGACACCUAUGCGGGAGGCUCACACGCCACGCUGCUGUCUGGCCUGCGGCCAGAGGACCUGUGCUGCAGUUUGGUGGACGAUUUUGUCUUGCGUGCUACUGAAUGCUUCUCCGACUCUGAUGAAGAUUUGUGUUUGGGGCAUCACCCUAGCUGGCAUCCGAAUAACAGUGCUGAUUGGGACAUACAUGUGGCUGAAGACUUAAAUGGUACAGCUGGCUAUAACACACCUGUGGAGGUAUUUGAAGCAGCACCUGAGUCUGAGUGCACUAAAGACCUGGAGGAAUCUUCUUGGGAUGAUGAUAAUGAUGAUGAUGAUGAGGAUGACGAUGAGUCCAACCUUCAGCAGAACCAGACAAUGUGGGAGUAUUUUACAAAAUGUAAUGAUCCUUACAAUCCCUUAAGUUUCUCUGCUUGUAUCUCUACCUGCUCUAAGAAGGAAUACACACGUGAGACAGGAGAAGGUAGCAAUGGGAUGAACCCCGAUUCUACACAAAAGGAGGAAACUCUACAAAAUAAGUCACAAAAGGACACCGACCAUGUCUGUUCAGACAGCGAGAGUGGUUGGGACAGUUCCUGCGAGUCAGCAGCCGAGGAGGAUGAGGACAGCCAGAAGAUCUGGGAUUCAUUCUCCCACCCAGAAGACCCUUACAACCCCCUGCACUUCACGGCCUGCGCCUCCAGCUCCAGAAGAGCUUGUUCAGGGGGUGUCAGUCAUGGGGAGGAGACACCCAGUGUUGCAGCUCAUGAGGAUGAUGAUGAUGAUGAGUUAGAUGGAUUGGGACAGGAUGACCGCCUGGAAGGUAGUGAGAGUGAUGAAGCCCAUUGCUCAGAAGAGGAUGAGCUGUGGAACUCAUUCUCCCAGGGUGACGAUCCUUACCACCCUCUUCACUUUCGGGCUUGUCUCCGGAGCUCCCCGCCAGCACAGGGCAUGGCAAACCUUGACCCCCAGCUCACAGACAAGACCACCCAACCAGAUGGUUCACAGAAGGCCUGCAGGUCAAAGCCAUGUUUGCCAAAUAGACACUUUAAGCACUAUUGCUCCCAAAGGUCGUGGGACAGUCCAAAGACUGUCCCCUGGACGAAGAGGAGGCUGGGCGGCGGGGUUCCAGUGGAGCCUCAGAAAAAAGACAAACCACAGAUAAAAAAGGUGAGGUUCUCACCCGUCGUCCAUGUCCACAUCAUGCGGGCCUGGUCCUCUGCCCUCCAGGCGUCCAGGAAGGGACAGUGGGAAGAAAUGGCCCGCGACCGGGAUCGUUUCCAGCGGCGGAUUGCGGAGGUGGAUCAGGCCAUUGGUUACUGCCUAAGUCCUUCACACAGGGAACAGAUUCUGGCUCAUAUACGGGACACCUGACAGCACCUACCCCCCACCACAAACUAAAAAUUAGAAUUUAAAAAUUUCUUUACAAGCAUUUAGACUUUGCUGAUAUUCACUUUCAUCUUUGUCUUGGUCAGCUGAAUCAGCUGGGUUGAGUCUUAUUAUUUAAACACUCAAGAGAUUCCUUGUUAUUUAUUUAUUGUUCUGCUGUCUUCAGUACAGGGCUCAUGCACUGAUUUUUUAAAUUUAUUUGUUGAUAUGUAAAUAUGGUUGACUUUUAUAUGCCUUACAGAUCCACCAAUGUCUAUGUCAGCAUAUCAAUAUGCCCUUAUUUUGCAAUCUUCUAAACACAAAUAUUUUUGCAAGUCUUUGUUUUCAGUAUAAAGACAUGAUUUAUGGAUGAUAAUUUGGAGAGCUUUGACACUAAUUUGAGGAAUGACUUCACUUUUCUAUUGUUAAUAAAAGCUGUUGCUCUUUUCAUUUUUGAAUUUUCAAGAUAAUGCGUUAACUGAAGCGUGUGUUUUUUUUGUUUUUUUGGUGCUGAAAAUUAUUGGUUGAUUUGUACCCAUGGGAAAAUAUAGUGCAAAUACUGAUGUAAUCUGACACCUGUUACAGCCAAUCAGUUUCCCCCAGGAUUCUUUUUACCCGAGGAAGCACAUGUCUGAUCUUAGUCACCGGAUUGCAUGGUGAUGAGUCUGGGACUAUUGUUUAUCCUCCUUGGGGUCACGGGGAGGGAGUGAUGUCUCAUGGCCAGAGUUCAUGUCUAGUGAUUGUGCUGCUUAGUGAGUAGUGAGAAAGACCCAAAGUCCUGUCCUGUUCCGCUGCUUGGUUCUGAGUCAUUCUUUAUUAUAGGCCCUAUGGAUUGUUGGUCAACACACGUUAGCACUUCUGAGAUUGAAUACUUUGUGGAGUAUGAGUGAUAACCUCCCUUGGGAUUGACCGAGUUGAUUUUAUGUUUUGUCCAGUUUGGUGGAACUGUUUUCAGAGGACUGUUAGAGGUGACUUGUUCACUGUCUCAUGUCGCAAGAAAAAAAGGCUUGUGUCCUCUUGCAUGGGUGACUGGUACACUUCAGCGGUCACUUUGUUAGCUGGCCGCACCCCCCCAUGCAAGGUUUCCACAGGGCAUCUGCUCACGCCCAUGAUGGUCCCUGCAUCAAUGACGUCAUGAGUGAGCAAGGGUUAAAAAACAAGGCAUGAUGAAAUGUUCUCUUCGGAGGAGAAAUCAAUUAGCAUCCGACCUCCCCCCCCCUUCCCUGGAGAUGCCUGAUGAUGUGUAAGCAGCAUCGCGCAAAGCCUGGCAAGUGUUGAAUGGAGUUGCAAUCGCAUGGGUGAGGAGCGUUAUUAUGUCGGGGGUGGGAGAUUCCACGCUGUGUCCCAGUGCACCUGCUGUUUAGAGAGCAAACUUCAAUGAUGGAUGGAUGAGUUGUAUUGAGACACAAAAGGUUGCCAUUGGUUGCCAUUACCCGCGCUCACCAAAACAAGCCUUGCAUUUCCUGCUUAUGCGAGUAUUAUGAGGAAAGGAAUAUUGGCUUUUGGAGAAAACUGUAGAUGCAACAUUGUGGCGAGAUAAAGAUGACUUGAUUUGUCAUUCACGUAAUCCCUCCCGCUUCCUGGAGUGCGUUGGCACGGCGCGUUGAGAGAGUCUAUCAGGCAGAAAGGUGUUACGUUACUUUGUCCUAGCAGGAGGGCCCGGCCCCAACAGCCCUGGUCUCCAGGCAACGCAGCGUGGUAGUGAAAGGAUUACUGGUGAUUGCAUGCGGCGAGGCCAGUCAGGUGCGGCACAGAUGGGGGAGUCCGGGGCAAGUGCGCGGUCUCACGUGGGGCAAUUAUCCAGGCCCCGCCGCGUGAUGCAAUCGGGGAGCUGGUAUUGUGUCUGCUGUACGGGAGGCGGCUCUGUCUCCACCGGCGCCGGCAGCAGAAGAUUUGCCCCUGCAGGUCAGAGACAGCAAGCGGUCUCCUUGAAGGGCUUCAGUCCUGCUGAUGCAAUAAAGCCACAAAAACAGUAAACACACAAUGCCUGGCACAGAUGUGGUUUCAACAUCACAAGGCCUGAUCACGUAUCAUGUCUGGCCUGUAAUAUCACAUUAGAGAAUAUUACAGGUUACAUUUCGCUGGUUUGAGCCGUAAUGCUCUUCACCGCGGGUAAUAGUGACUGAUUCACCGACCCCCUGCUGGGUGUUGUUACCUAGGUGUAACAGUAGCAGAAAUAAUGGUAGAACGUUUCCCACGAUUGAAGUUAAAGUGGCUCGCUUUUUAAAUUCAGGUAGAAACCAUGUGCUCAGUGGUAAAGGAUCAGCAAGAAGCUUAUUUAACCUGACAGAAAUCUUAACAUCAUAGUAACAGCUGGGUAGAUAUUGGAAAACGUCAUUCCAGUAUUUAGGCAUCUUUUUUGGUGCAUAAAAAUGAUGUUAUUAAAUAUGUAGUAGUUAAUAAGUACUAUAAUAAGUAUAAGUACUAUAACUAAUAUAAUGGAAUUGGAAAUUCAGUGCAAGUAACAUUUUCAUUUAAAGGGUUAGAAAUAGUGCAGUAAAGUUUUAAUAUUUUAUUGAAAAAGAUUAACUACACCGCAAGGUCACAGCACAGGAGAGCAUGUUUGUCGCUCACAACUCACCAGAUAAGCGUCAAACUUAGAACUUGCAAUUGACUAUUUUAACCACAAGAGGUCAGUACUUGACUGAUAUUGCAGAUUGAUUGUAUAACUUGUUGCUUGAAUAAAGAAAACUCGUUUAACUUUG